AUCCCCAAUAUCUACCAUGGGCCGUAAGGACAAGACCAAGCAGCAGAAGGAUGAAGAGGAGCCAACCGCAGAGAAAAACGCCGGCAACACCACGGGUGGCAAGAAGGAGCAGGCUGCAAAGGAGGAGAAGCCGAAAGGUGGCAAGAAAGCCAAGAAAUAAGCCGAGUUCUCGAGUCUACAUCGCGUCUGCAAGCCACCACAUACACCCAGCAAGAAAUAGCAUACCAACAAGGAUGGACGCCACAUACACCUAAUAGCAAGAAAUGGCAUUCCACCAAGGAUGGACCUUGAGUAGUACUAUUAAUACAAAUUAUUAAAA